GGCAUAACAAUCGUGGUUAAUACCGGACCUCGAUCUUUUUUCUGUACUAUGUACUUGAAGGGGUGAGGAUAUCUAAAAAUGACGUAUGUCCAGAUAACACAACAUGUUGCCUCAAAAUCUAGCAUAUUAAGAAAUAGCAAGCCAUUUGUGUCACUCACUCCAUAAAUCUGAGUUCAUAUAUUCCCCUUUCCUUCCAAUUGCUACCCAAACAUAUACAAAAUCCCCUUUCUGUAAUAACAUGCUGCUUCUCUGUGACGUCAUCUUUCUUCAAGUUCUUCGAUUCUUCUGCCUCUUUGGAGGCCAUACCGAUAUAUGACUUCAUAUCAUAAUGUAAUGAAGAGAUACCUUGUCGCAGAUGGUGUGUAAGUUGGUAUAUGAAGCUCUGCAGCCGCAGCUCCUAGCUAGGGAACAUGCACCUCCUUUACAAUGGUAAUCCGAAGAAAAACACCAAAGCCAUAACUCAAAUUAGCAAUAACGCUGUUUGAUACCUCUGGCAGCCUAAACCAAAUCAUUCACCAUAAUCACAAUGUCCGCGUCUCGAAACGUCGAAUCGAUGAUCAACCAGGGUGAGUUCCGCAGCCGCGUGCCACCGUCGGAGCCCCUUACUACCAGCGGACACAAGCCCGGCGUCCUCGUUGGUAAUGAUGCUGUCCCUGAGUUCCACAUGGAGACCCAUGCUCCCGGUACUGCACCACGCGAGCACACCUUCCAACCCCGACCAGAAGAGACUUCGGCCGGGGCUUCGAACGACGAAUUCCAGCAUUCUAUCAACCCUGCUGAGACCCUAGGCGGCACCACUUCUCAAGCAGUUCACACUGGCUUCGGGAAACCCAUCCAAGGGCAAUCGUCGGCUGAGAUGCACGGCGACCUACAUGGCGACCACACUAACCGACGGAAGAAAGAGCAUGCGGGCUUAGAAGGGGUGGGAGCGAGCGUCGGUGAUAGUGUUCGCCAGAAGGGGGCUGACUUACCAGAGGGGGUUGAGAAGGGCACGAGAGGCAAGGCCAGCGCAGACUAUCCUUCUGCUUCGGAACGCAUUCCGACCAGUGCUGAGGAGGUAGCUGCAGAGAUGCAGGCAUGAGACUACCUGGGUAUACGUAAUCGAGAGAUUAAUGAUGUGUAAGGGUUAGAUGACCCAAAUCACGAGGAACUUACGGCGAAUAAUACAUCGUUGAUAGGAUACGAAUAUUCAUCAUCCAUGGAUGCAAUUAGAUAUUUCUCUAACAGUAAACAUGCGGGCCGUUGUAAGC